UACAGCCACUUGUUGCCAAAUCGCCUAGAGACCGCGAGCGCGCCGCGAACACGUUUUCACCAAGCGAACUAUUUCUCCGCGUCCACGACACAGAACUAGAUGUUGAGACGGGAGUACAGCCUCUUCUGACUUUGUUUGGGGGAAAAGGUCACUUUUGAGCUAAUUCGUCGCAUUUGACGGGAGAAGCAUGGUUGACAACACAAGAAUCGCAGCUAAAUCUGCACUGCAAGCCGCUUUCUCGUCGGCGAACACUCUUCCUCUGCUGGUCAACUCCUCCAGCGCGCACAGUCAGUCGAGCGGCGGCGGCGGCGGGAUGAAACUGGAGGCGGUCAUGGAAAACCUUCAGCGACAGCAGGCGGCUCGCCUCGCCUUGGAAGAGAAGCUCCGGCAAGCCGAGAAGGAGAAAGACAUCAGGUCCAUGGUGGAGUCCCAGAUCCAACAGCAAGCUCUCGCCUUCCGCCACUAUCAAGCAGCGGUCAGGGGGGCGUUCGCAGGGGGAGCCCCGAAAUCACCCAUGGCGAGCUUAGGCCACCCCGAUGAGCAAACCGUCGACUCUGACAUCGAUGAUUAUGACCUGGAGCGCGGCAUGGACGAUGACGAGCGGGAUUUGGAGGAAGAUGACAGUAUGAACGAGGGUGGAGGGGAUGAAGAUUUGGAAGGACCCCUAGCUCAUUACCCACCGCGUCAUGCUAUUUAUCCAGGUGCGGGACAAUCUCCAAAAAGUACCCCUAUACAUCUGUCCAGAGUCCAGCCUUCGUAUGCAGCUCCAAGACAGGCCGAAUCACCCAGUGGUCUGGCACCCCAAGCACAAUCGCAGAACCACGAAUGGACUUAUGAGGAACAGUUCAAACAGUCAGGCCACGACAGCGGGCCGGGGAGGAAGCUGAAAGAGUCAAGCAUUGCUUUCGGUGGUGGUGGUUCUUCGUCUCUGAUACAGGAGCUGUACGAACUGGAUGAUGAUGAGAAAAGGAAGGAGUUUCUUGACGAUCUCUUCAGCUUUAUGCAGAAAAGAGGGACUCCAGUGAAUCGGAUUCCUAUCAUGGCCAAGCAGGUGUUGGAUCUCUACACUCUCUACAAGCUUGUCACCGAAAAAGGCGGCUUAGUGGAAGUCAUCAAUAAGAAAAUAUGGCGUGAGAUUACCAAAGGCCUGAACCUCCCUACCUCUAUCACCAGUGCGGCUUUCACCCUCCGAACACAGUAUAUGAAGUACCUUUAUCCUUAUGAAUGUGAAAAGCGGGGACUGAGCUCACCCGGCGAGCUCCAGGCAGCUAUCGACAGCAACCGUCGUGAAGGGCGGAGACAGAGUUAUGGCUCCACCCUCUUCAACUACUCCCCCGUGGGCACCCCCACACUGCAUGGUUCCCCCAAACUCCAUAUGCCCCACAUCAGCAUGACCACUCCCAAUGGUGGGCACAUGGCUCAGACCCCCCUCAUCAAGAAAGAAGACAGCAUGCUGUCCAACUGCCUGACUAACAGGAUGGGCAUCCCUGUGUCUUUGGCUGGCCACCACAGUGCAGCUCAGGCUGUUGCGGCCCAGGCUGCAGCUGCAGCAGCUGUGCAGGCGGCUGCAUUGGAGCAGCUGCGGGAGAAGCUGGAGUCUGGAGAGCCACCGGAGAAGAAAGUGAUGCUUAUGGCAGAGGAGCAGCAGAGGAUAAUGCAGCAUGCAUUGCAGCAGAAUCUCUUUGCCAUGGCAACCCAACUACCCAUGAACAUCAAACUGAACAACAGAGAUGAUAGACAAGAGACCGCAUUGAACCUGUCUACCAACGGCAUUAGCAGCAUCAACAUGUCAAUAGAAAUAAAUGGGGUUGUCUACACAGGGGUCUUGUUUGCCCGUAAGCCAGCCAUUGGUUUCAUACCAGGCAGCCAGCGAGUCCAUCACCAACACAGCACUCAGGGAAAGAGCAGCAGCCCAGGGCUCAGCAUCCACAUGCCGCCAUCCUCCUCCUCUUCAACCGCCUCCUCACACGGACCGGCCACCUCCCCUUGAGCCCAUCGCACCUCACUCGACUCUCCCCAAUUGUCAGAUAAGGCAGGGUCUCUAGGUCAUCCUGUUGGACCAGUUUUCUUUUUGUCUCCUUCAAUGUACACUUUUUACUGUUUUUAUAACCCUCCCCCUGCAAUCAGGACAGGAGAGUCUAUUACUUAAAAAAAGGCAAAGACAAAAUGUGUAAGCUAAGCACCAACAGCUCAUAGCCGCACAUUUGAAGUGUGUUACAUUUACAUAUGCAUCAAGUUGCAGCUUGUUAUUCAGUGAGGAGCGACUGAAACAUACUGUGUGGCAAUGCCAUGAACACAAGGAACAGUGUGAGGAACCUAAGAGGACAGGAUGUUCCUCAAACUGAGUGCUGAUUUUCUUGAAAUCAGGUUUUUUUUUUAACUUUCAGGCACAGAUCUUGUUCAUUUUUCCUGUAUCUUACCCUGAUGCAUUCUUGAAUCAAACAGCAAGAGCUACUGUCAGCUAUUACCAAAGAGAAUACGAGCAACAUAUUAGUGGUUUAUGACUUUAUUUGAUAACUUAUAAUGAUUACAAAGCACAGUUUUCUAGCAACAUUACACAUAUCUGAUGCCAUUGCAAAAGAUCAGAAAUAUGCAAUGGAGAGUCAUCAUAAUGAAGUAUCAUGCUAACACUCUGAUUUUAAUAUUUUGAUUUUAAGCAAAGCACAUGCCAUUUUACUUGGGGCAUCAAAUGGUUAAUGCAGCUUAUUUACUGUAUCACUGCUUGAAUUUCUGUUCAACGUAAAGACAAAUGUAGAAGGUAUAUUUAUCUGCUGUGAUGGCAUCAUGUACAGAAUCUAUAAAAAAAAAAAACAAAGUCAGGCAGCCAACAGCCAUUUUCAGCUUAAUACUGAAGAAAGCUGGGAGACUAGAUGCGAUUAUGUCUCCUACACGCUCAAGACAUGGCCAUGGCUAAAUGUAUUCCAUUGAUUACUGAUUACUUAUUUGGGGAACACUUGUCAACAAUGUUUCACGCUUUUUCACCAUCUCAGCUUGUGUUUAAUUGGAAAGAGUGUUAAUUAAAUGGUUUAGUAGAUGGACAAACGGGUCAAGCUGGUUAAUACAGGUUUUAGGAAGUCAUGGAAGAUUAUAUAAUAUUGUGACAUGGAAGUGCGGGCUCUGAGCUGAAAUAUGAUCAUGAAAAAAAUGGUUCAGCACUUCAACCAGAAAAAAAGAGGCUCUUGAGAAGAUUUCAGUACAUGUGCCGUAAAUGGGUUAACCAACAGUUCAUGAGGUGUUAUCUCUGUUGUGAAUAGAAUCCAAUUUUCAUCAAGUUCUAAACAAUGCACUUGCAUGUGAGAGUUCAUCUCUCAUUCUUUAUUCCAUUCUUCUUCUUCUUUUUUUUUUUUUUUUUAUAUUGUUUAUUUCUUUUUCUUCUCUUUUCUGUUGGUGAGGAAGAUGGGAUUAUGUUAUUGUGUCAUUUGUUUUUGUUCUGUAGACAAUUUCAGAUUGUAUUUAUUAUUUUAUUCUCAGCAUCCUAUCAUGUUGAAUCUUGGGCUGUUUCAAUGCUUUUAGUGACACCACUUUUAUGAAAAAAAAAAAUGAAAAAAAAAAACAAUAGUCAUUUUACAGCCCAGUACCUCACAAAUCCUGUAAACCUGUAAAUGGAUAAAAAGAUAUACCUCAUUUAUUUUUAUUUUUUUCAUUUCUAUAAUUUUUUAUUGUGAAGCCACUUGAAAAUGAUGUUUUUUUUUUUGUUUUGUUUUUCUUUCUCAAUAGAUCACUGGAUUUUUUUUUUUUUUUUUUUUUUUUUUUUCUAUGUUGUUUUACCAAAGAAGGGAAUAUAUAAUGAACACACAUCUACCUCAUUUGUUAUAGACUGUGCCAACUACAUGAUCACAGCCUCCAGUUUUUAAUCGUAGCCUUUCUGGUCCAAAUUCGUCUUUGUUUGUGUGACUUGUUCUGCAAAACCAGAGGCUGGACCACACAGGGCUUAACACAGCGUGAUUUGCAUUGCUUGUUCGUUUUUGUUAUUGGCAUUUUUUUUAUGCACUGGGGAAAGAAAAUACCAGAAGGCUCUAUUUUAUGUGUACAACUGCUCAAAUUGAUUCAAUAUUGAUGUUAUAGAGGUUUCGUAAAUGAGAUCUUUACUAUAUCUAUCUGAAAACAUCUUAAUAUAUCAUAUAAACUAAGGUAAGCUGUGUCUUUUAACAUUUUUAAUGAAGUGUUGUAGCUUACAUCACAUACCUAAUGUGGCUUUCAGAAGAUAUAUAACCUAAACCAAAACUAACAAAAAGCGUAAUUAUCUUUUUAUAUACACUCUCUUAAAUGGGAUUGGAAUGUGGAAACAUGCUCCUGUGAUAUAACAGGACAUUUGUUUAAAAAAAAAUACCAAAGAUCUGGGUUUGACAAUGUUGACAGCUGCAUCUUUUAACCUUUAUCAUUUAAUCACAAGCAACAGGAAAGUUUUAAGUUGGUCUCUGCUGUAGCAAAACUUGAUAUUAAGCUUUUGGAUCAAAAAGUUUUCAAAGACAAGGCCAAGUUGUAUAUUCAAUUUGUCACGGCCCACGAAAGGAAAUCUAAGAAUAUAACAUCAUUUUCCAGACUUUUCAGCACAAUUUAAGAAAGAAUUAAACAAGUAAACCUGAGCAUCAUUUUGUUGUUGUAAUAGAAAUAUAUAAUGUAUAUUUAUGUGGAAUUCCAGAGGGCACAAUCAAUGCACAACUGUCUGAUUCCUGUUGUUCAGUGUCAUUUACCUCUUGAUCAGCAUAUGAAGUCUAUUGCUUCACAUUACUGUCUGUUCUCUCUUUGGCUCAUUUCACUAGACUCCAGAGAUUUCUGGACAAACUCUGGAGAGCUUGUUGACUGUGAAACAAAAACAGGAAUCAGAGUGAUUCCAUAACCAAAGCUUUCACAAGACCGUGCUCACAGGCUUACUGUAGAUGAUAAUGUUUUGAGAAUUUGUUCAUAUAAGACUAUCAUUUUGAAAAACAAUUUAGGAAAAAAGGUAAUUCACUCAUGUGCUUAAAAAAUAACAUGUUGUUUACUAUGUUUAGCUAUGUCAACAAUGCUAACCUGGUAGAUUUUAGGUCCUAUUAUUCAUUGUGUAUGAAGCUUCUUUUCAUUUAAUUCAAUUUGGAUAAAUCCAGUGCAUUAUGGGAAAGCUGGAUUGUGGUGCUCAGGGGUUAAAAAAAAAAGGAGGGGGAAAAACAGGUGAAAGUUUUUUUGUUUGUUUUUGUUUCUUUGUUUUGCCAUUGACUUGUAGCAUAAUUAGAA